AUGUCAUUCUCCAGGGAUGACCAAUGGACCAGCUUCUUCGAGUUGAGAAAAUUUCCGCUUGUGCUGGAUCCAGUCGUGGCCAGCGUCAGGCUCACCAGAGUACUCAUCGAUGGCAGAAGUGGGCUCAACCUGCUAUUCACGGGUACUUUGAAGAAGAUAGAGCUGGAUAUCAUAGAUAUGCUCACCCCAAGCAAGUCUCCCUUCUACAGCAUUGUUCUAGGGAACUCGGCUACACCACUUGGGUCGGUGACACUUGCAGUCACUUUCAGAACAAGGGAGAACUACAAGACAAAUUACAUCAAGUUCGAGGUGGCAAACUUCGAGUCAUCAAACCAUGCCAUCCUUGGAAGACCUGCUCUGGCCAAAUUCAUGGCAGUACCCCACUAUGUUUACCAGCUUCUCAAGAUGCCAGGCAAGCAUGGAGUGCUCUCCUUCCGUGGCGACUUGAAGAAGUCGUAUGCCUAUGACCAGGAGGCUAUUGAGUACCCCUCAACUACACGCAUGCCAGAUGCUUGA